AUGUCCGCUAGACAAAAGAAAGCUCUCUAUUUCCAGAAGCUCCAUCAAAUUCUUGAGGAGUACAACAAGAUCUUCGUCGUGGAGAUCAAGCACGUCACCUCCAAGCAGGUUGCUGAUAUCCGUAAGGCUCUGCGUGGUCAGGCCCUUCUUCUGUUCGGAAAGAAGACCAUGAUCCGCCGCUGCAUGAACAAGUUCGUGGAGGAGCAUCCCGGACACCCCAUUGAGAAGCUGAUUCCCCUGGUCCAUGGAAACGUGGGUCUGGUGUUCGUGAACGGAGAUAUGGCCAACGUUCGUGAGAUCAUUCUCAACAACAAGGUGCCUGCUCCCGCUCGUGUGGGUGUGGUUGCCCAUGUGGACGUCAUUGUGCCUGCUGGACCUACCGGUUGCGAUCCCGGCCAGACUUCUUGGUUCCAGGCUCUGAACAUUGCCACCAAGAUUAACCGUGGUCAGAUUGAAAUUAUCAACGACGUGCCUCUGAUCCUCGCUGGUCAGAAGGUGCAGCCCGGUCAGGCUGCCCUGCUGGACAAGCUGAACAUCCACCCCUUCAGCUACGGAAUGCACAUCAAGCACGUCUACGACGACGGUGCGAUCUACGACCCUGUGGUGCUGGAUCUGACCGAGAAGGAGAUCAUGAGCAAGUUCUUCAACGGAGUCAACAAGCUGGCUGCGCUCUCGCUGUCCAUGGGAUAUCCCACUCUGGCUUCGCUGCCUCACUCGCUCAACAGCGCCUUCCGCAAGAUGGUCGCCAUCGUGGUGUCCGAGGGAAUGUCCUAUUCCUUCGAGAAGGCCGAGCCCUUCAAGGCCUUCCUGGCCGAUCCUUCGGCCUUCGCUGUGGCCGCUGCCCCUGCUGCUGCUGAGGCUGCUGCUCCCGCUGAGGAGGUCAAGGAGGAGGAGGAAGAGGAAGAGGAAGACAUCGAUAUGAGCGGAGGUGGUCUAAAAUCAUUGUGGUUGACCACGGGAUAUGUUUGUUAUAAUAAAGUUGGAUCCGUAUUUUGGGAUAGGUGCGUUUGUACCUCUAGCUUUUUGAUGAAGAAUUCUCGAAAUAACGUUCACCUCCUCGUUCCACAAUUCAUGGGCCUGCCAAGGACCGAUGAGUUUGUUCGAGGAGGAACAGCUGCUUUUGUUAACAUUCUUUUUACUUUCCCGAUUAAUAAAGUAAUGUUUCGUCAGCAACUUACGGGCAACGGAAUGCUGUCCGUAGGCAAAGCUCUGUAUCAUGAAGGUUUCCGUCUAUUAUACCGGGGUAUCGGCGCUCCGAUCAUGCAAAAGACACUGAGCACCUCGUUAAUGUUCGGAACGUAUGAUUUUUACCGUCACAGUAUUCUCUCUGCUCAAAGGAGGGUUUCAGACCCGGAGGCUGCUGAAACCGUUGGGAUUCGUUUGGCGGCCUCUUCUCUUUCCGGUCUCACCGAAGCUCUUUUGACCCCGUUUGAACGCGUUCAAACCUUGUUACAAAUUCCUCGCUACAACACCCGUUUCACUAAUUUCUUUGAUGCUUGCCAUCAAUUAGGUCUUCGCGAGUCCUUCACCGGCUUUUCCGCUGUAGCUCUUCGCAACUGCAUCGGUAGUGGCCUGUUUUUGUUUUUCCGCGAUCCCUUAAAACGCCUUCUCCCUCAGUCCUCCUCCCCCGCUUGCAGCUUAUAUCCCCCUUCUGUUUUGGAUUGUUGUGAUGAUGAGAGAGUGUGUUUGGUUGGUUGUCUGUUUUGUUUAUUCCUUUGUGUGUUUGCUUGUUUGCUUGUUUGCUUAUUUGCUUGCUUGCUUAUCUAAUUGUUGUCUGUUUUGUUUAUUCCUUUGUCUGCUUGCAAACGGUUCCUUCACCCACGCUGUGUGAUUUCGCGAGUGGAGCCGUGCUGGGAGCGUGCGUCAGCACGAUUUCCUUCCCGUUCAGCGCUGCGGCGGUGCAGAUUCAAAAGGAGGCAGUUCAUCGAAGUCGGUAUACGGUGGUGAAAGCGAUUCGAGAUAUCGUGAAACAGCGAGGUCGUUUUCUUGGAUUGUACAAUGGUGCCCAAGUGAACUUCUGCAGAGCGCUGAUCUCGUGGGGAAUCGUAAAUGCAGUUUACGAACAAUUGAAUGUACUCUUUGAAUAAA